AGCGUUCGUCGCUAUUUGAGUAAAGUUGAAUCUCUGGAGCCAUGUCGCUUCGACGAAGAGGAACACUAUGAACUGUGUGAGGAUAUUUGUAGCACACUCGAUCCAGAUGUAAAAUUUGCCUGCGACGCUUUGAGACAAUCGUCCUUUCUCAAGAAUAUAUUGCUACGCAUGUGUCAUCCGAUAGUUAAGGCACAUUUUGCUAUUGAAGACAAGAUAACCACACUUGAGUCAGCAAUUCGUUCUUUAAAACAGCGGUUGGACAAUACUUUCGAUGCCUUCAGCCUCAUCGAUAAAGUAGAACUUGAGCUUGGACGGUGCCACAUCGAAUUCGAUAAAUUGCAUGCAAGUUUCAUGAAAGCUUUGAACGAAAUACAAGACAUACUCGAUGCCAAGGUCAACAAAUGUCAAAUGCUGCAGCUGAAAAACUAUAUCUCCGAACGAUUAGAUAUAAUUUAUGAAAAACUGAAUAAAUUGGCGAGUGAAGGUCGUUGCAAGCGCGCUUGUGCUAUCGUUUUCGAAGAUACGAAAUCCCAACCCAUUACGAAGCAAAAACAGAAGAGCAAGUGUGAAUGUGCGUGUGUACCAUACUAA